CUGCUCUGCUCACUUUGUACCGAGGGGGAGGAACUUUGAUCAGUGCUAGUUAGCAGCCAGCUAGCUGUUUUCUGCAUUAUUUUCGUAUUCUUCGUGUGUUGUUGCAUAUGCAUAGAGAUGUGGUUUAUUUAUUUACUGAGCUGGCUGUCGUUGGUGAUUCAAAUAUCCUUCGUCACUCUGGCAAUAGCUGCUGGCCUCUACUACUUGGCCGAACUAAUAGAAGAAUACACAGUAGCCACCAGUCGAAUUAUAAAGUACAUGAUACUGUUCUCGACAGGCGUGCUGGCAGGUCUCUAUGUUUUUGAGGGUUUCCCAGUGUUGAUGGUGGGAGUUGGUCUCUUCACAAACCUGGUAUAUUUUGGCCUCCUGCAGACCUUCCCCUACAUACUGCUGAGCUCCCCAAACUUUAUCCUCUCCUGUGUGUUGGUGGUUGUGAACCACUACAUGGCCUUUCAGUACUUUGCACAAGAGUAUUAUCCAUUCUCAGAGGUGCUGGCGUACUUCACCAUCUGCCUGUGGGUGAUUCCCUUCGCCUUCUUUGUGUCUCUGUCAGCGGGAGAAAAUGUGCUUCCAUCCACCAUGCAGCAAGGAGAUGAUGUCGUGUCUAAUUACUUCACCAAGGGCAAAAGGGGAAAGAGGUCUGGGAUCCUCCUUGUGUUCUCUUUCCUCAAGGAGGCAGUGCUGCCCAGCCGACAGAAAAUGUACUGAGGAGCUCGGACUCGGGGUGCAGCCUCAAGGGUUCAGGGGUUUGUGAGUAUGUAUGUGUUGGAGAUCAAGGGGAAGCAGGAAGGACAGUGGAAAUUGUUUCUGGACGGGACUAAAACGAAGCAGUGGUCGACAAAGGGGAGGAAAAGCACACAAAAAAAGGAUGGACCAAUAAACAGAUCAGAGCUUCCUGCUGGACGAGCCAACAAGUUUACACAGGACAUGUUCGUCUGUCUGUACUGACUGCCAACAACACCUACUGGAGACCUCGUUGUGGGGAUCUUGUCUGUAGCGCGAUGCUUUCUUAUCGUCAUGUUGGACUCCAUUUUUUAAGCUUUAGUAUUAAAAUAUGUAUGCGCAGGGUUUGAAAUUAACAACCACCAAAUACCUGUAAGUUUCAACUUGGACAGAUAAAUCACUACCCGAUAACAUCUUUGUCAUUCGUGUGUUGUAGGUCUCACUCGUCAUCUGGUUCAGUACACAAAGUAGCACUUAAGACAAAAUGCAAGCAGGAUGGGUUAGAGAUGACUGAGACAUCUUAAAGGUACUUUAUGGUGAACUCCUGCAGUCCACACUUGGGCUAUGGUGUGAAAUGAUCUUGGACAAAAUAGUGGAUAAGAUGGAAAGUGUUUCAAUGGGAGAAAUGUCACAGGUCACUACAAAAGCACCUAAUAGGAUAACUUCAAAUGAGAAAGGGUAAUCCGAAAAGGUGUACCGAGUCUGGAAAGAUGUCCCGUUCUCUACAAUGCGUGACAUGGUUCUAAUGCUGUGUGGCCUCCUGGAUCACAUCACUGAAAAAGUGGUAAAUAAAGACGCUUACGAAGGCUUACUUGUAAUUCUUAGGGAUCUUUUCUAAUGUGGAUCAUUGGCAUUGAGCCUUAAAAGGGUGGUGCUAUGUGGGAUUUCUGUUGUUUUGACCUGCUUCUACACGUUCAUUAAUCACCAGCACGGUAGUGUGCGACUCGCCUGUGGUUUUUUUUUUUUUUUUUUGGGCUGUUUGUAAGAAUUCAUAGGAAUAACAAAUUGAUUUCUUUGUACAUUGAUCCAAGAGAAAACCCGACAUGAGCUACACAUGUAAACACUUCUGAAGAUCAAAUCUGUGCAAUGAGUUUUUUUUUUUUUUAAAGCUUAUUGGUGUUUGGGGGGGGGGCUGCUCAAAGUGCUUUUAUGAAAGACGCAUAGAGGAGGCUGAAAUCCUUUUUACCAAUUACUCAGUGUGAUUCAUCGUAGGCACACAACUGUGUAAUAAAAGAUUUUGUUGAAAUAAGUCCUGGAUUAAAUGGGUCUUUUCGCAGAUUGGUGUUUCAAGGAAAUGAAGGCAAAAAUAGAGCUACUGAUCUUCUUCAUUUCCAAUUAAAUCUGGUUAAUGCAGCCUGUCACGAUUAAAAUUUAUGUAUGAAGGA